CAGAAAUUAUUUUACAAUUUCUAGUAAAAAAAAAGGUUUAAACCAAAGUUAAAUUAUUGUUUAAAUAAAUAUACACAUUAUUUAUAUUGAUGCAUUCGUUAAUUUAUUUUAAAUUAGAAGAUUUAGCGUUUCGCGUUAUUAAAGGUAACCUAAAAUAAAAGGGGAUUGACAAGUGACAUUUCAAAAACCUAGCGUCUGGCGGCAUUACUUUUGCAUUAUUAGUAGAGUUUAUUUUCAAAACUAUUAAAUAGCAGUGAAAGUUCUCUUGGUUAUUUAGUUAAGUGUCGUGCCACCGUAGUCUCGUUACGAAAAACAUGAGUUUCAGCCAAGCACUCGCUAAAAUUAAGGAGAAUGAAGAAAUCCGAGCUAAAUCGACGCCUAUCGCCAUGGUGGCGCCAGAAGUGAAACAGAACACUGAGGAUACAGAGAUAACAAAAGCUUGUGCGGUUUUAGGAUGCGACGAAUCUAAAAAUUUCAAUUCAGAUUCAUUCUUCAGGUUUCCUGAGGACCCUAGCUAUAGACAAAUAUGGACAGACCUCACUGGUAGGAACAAUUGGACUCCCACAGACUAUUCCUACAUUUGUGUUCAACAUUUUUCCGUGGACUGCUUUGAGUGUAAUGCACAUAACGCUGUGGUGCUCAAUAGCAAGGCUGUUCCUUCCUUGAAGUUGCCUAAACAUGUUUUAGAGGUAGAAUAUAUUGAUGAAGAAUCACUUGACAAUGAAUAUGACGAGGAUUAUGAUGAUGAAGAAGAAGAUGAAGAUUAUGAGAUGAAACAUGGAGUAGAAAAUGAAGAACAUUUACAUGAGGAACAUCUUGAUGAAGAUAGUUUUAGUGAUGAAUACAAUAAUUAUCCGCAACAACAUAAAUAUCAACAUCAAAAGCCACAACAAAACCUACUACAACACCAACAACAAAAUCAGCUACAACAACAACAAAAUCAACUACAACAACAACAAAAUCAACUACAACAACAACAAAAUAUUUCUAAUUAUGUUCAGAAAGAUGUCCCUAAUAUUAGACGUUUAACGAAUGGCACACCCAAUUACGCAACUGAGAAACCAAGCACUUCCUACACAAUUGACAAGAAAGUUGAACAAUCAAAUAAAAUGAGAGAACAGCAAAGAGUCAAAGAACAAGAAAAAAUCAAAGAACUUGAAAAAAUUAAAGAACAGGAAAAGAUAAAAGAACAGGAAAAAAUUAAAGAACAGGAAAAAAUCAAACAACAGGAAAAAAUUAAAGAACAGGAAAAUCUUGAAUUGCUGAAAUUAUUUACAGAAGUCCAAGUGAUGCAAAGGCAAGCGAUAGGUUUAAAAGUAAAAUUGAGAAACGGCUUGAGAAUCAAUAAACGUCAAAAAAGGACCUUAGCUCGACUAAAGGAUCAAAUAGAUAUAAAAAAGAAUUUACUAGUGCAGAGGCGUAAGAAAAGGACGAGAAUUUUAUUAUCUCUGCAAGAUAAGAUAAAAGAAGACACAAAUGGAUUGGUUCUAGCUAUGCCCACAAGACAUACAGACGAUCUAAAGAAUUUCGCACUAAGUAUUUAUAAGUACUCUCCACAGGCAUACAUCUAUAUCAGAAAUUCCCUUAGGACGUUACUACCGAGUACAGAUGUACUAGAUUCGUGGAUGUUGUCCGGCUAUGAACCGACGAACGUUUUGACCAACAGUAACAUCGUGCGGGUGGUUUCAGAAUUGACUGAUACAGAAUUAUCAUGUAAAGUAUCAUUACGUUAGUCUAGUUAAAUAUUAAAUUCGCGAUAUUUUUGUGAAUAAAUUCCAAAAUUAUUUUGAUCUA